CCACCUCGGCCGUGCACCUCGUCGGCGGCAGUAGUAUACACGUCCCCGGACAUAACGUCCGUCCGCCGGUUGUGUCCGCUCGCGUCGUUCCCUGCAUAUAUUGCCGCGUAUAAUAUAUAUAUACAUACACGUAUAUAUCGUACACGACGUAUGUGGACCGCAAACCCGUAGUGCAGCAGUAGUAUAACAUAUUAUAUACAUAGAACCCGUCUAACGAAAUUUCACUUAUAAUAUAGGAAUACGUAUAGAAGUUUGCGCGGGGUGCGUGUAAACACACGGACAACAGUUGUCUAUCGCGUGAGACCACAACGAUUGUUUUCAGCAGACCACGACGUCGGGGUGCAAGUUGAUGUGUGUGCAAAAACCGUAAACGGUUUUUCUUAUCUUAUACGUAAUUAUUCAAUAUAUAUAUAUUAUAUACGUAUACAAUCCGUCCGCAUUACACAUCACUGCACGUGCGAGGAAUAUCCGGCACCGCGUACCAUCGACUCUAAAUGAGUUACCGUGGGUCGCAACAGCGGCGUAGGAGGGCAAUCGUCUCGUGUUCCACAAAUACAUCGUUCCCCCGGUGCACCAGCGGUGGCUGUACUACACCGACGCGAACAGCGGCUUCAGAGGGUGGUAGGUAGUGCGUCUGCAUCAGCAUCCGCGACGAUCUCGUCAGAAUCAGCAGAGACGACCGCCGCGUUAUAUAUACGCUGCACACUAUUGCUCACGACGCAACGCUUAGUGCUCAAUAAUAUAACUGUAACCAAACCAUUUUCAAUCUUAAAUAUAAUUUAAAUACAAAUAUAUAUAUAUAUAUAUAUAUAUUAUUAUAAUAUUAUACGAUCGUCGCGAGCACACACGUAUAUAUAAUUUACAAUAUAGGUGUACACAGUAUACAUAUAUUAUAUAAUAUAUCACACAAGCCGCUGUGCAUUUCCAGUGCCUACCGAUAAUAAAUUAUAAAAUAUUUAUACGGCGUUCAUAUUACCGAGCGUUUCGAUGGACAACCAAAACAACAGCACCACCACCACUUUCCUGCCACCACCCAUCGACGGCGAGGCGUCGGCGCCGCUCGCGCAACCCGACGACGAUUUCGUGGUGCCCCUAUCAGCGGCCGGUACCCCCAAUACGCCGGCCGACGACGGCGGCACCGGAUCUACCGUGUCGCCCGUGACUCCUGUCCACCUCAACCGUCAACCGCACGGCGCGAUGAUGAUGGACGACGAUCAGGCGGCCACCGGCGCCGCCGAUAGCGGUGCGACGGACGACAGCUCCGUUCUGUUGCCGCCGCCCGACGAGACGGACAACGAAGAAAAACCGAACAAAGACAAUGCGGACGAUGAAGACAACAGCGGCGACAACAACGACAACGGGGCCGGCGAAGACGACGACCAGGUGCCCGUUUUGGCCAUGUCAGGCAUUCUACCGGCCACGGCUAGUGGCGGUGGUCCGAUUUCCGACUCGAAGAAAAACGCCGGCGGACCGAACGACUCGCUGACCGGUGGAGGAACCGGGACCGGAAACGGAGAAAAUAAGUCCAAAGAGAAAUCACGUUAUACAACUGGUAGCGGUACAGGAGCCGGGACAGAUGUGGAAGAUUCCGGAACAAACAGUCCGCAGGCAGCUUUGGGAUGUGGAACUACGUUUGAAUACGUAGUACUAGUAACGGCGUGCUCAAUUUUGCUAUUAGCUGUCACUGGCACUACCGUUUACUGGACCAUGGCCUAUCGAGGCGGAUACGACCCCAACUGGUUUCCCUGGCCACCGCAGACCCCGAAGCAAAUGUUAUCCGUCGGCGUAUUUACUUAUAAGCACCAGCAAAACUUCACUGCCAGUGGCAGCGACAUUAGUACCACAACAAUUGCGACAACGACCACAACGGAACAACAACAAUCUUCGCAGUUAAACAUAUCGUCUUCAAACAUUUUGAUCGAAGAUCAACGGUUCAACCUGCACCCAACCCUGAUGACGAUCGGUUUCGUCACUUUAACAGGAUUCUCUAUAUUGGUGUACAGAAUGGCAGCUGGAUGUUCGACUUCGUGCAGAGGUACUUAUGUGAAAUUAACCCACGGACUAUUGCAUUUGGCUACUGUACCGUGUGUGGUUUUGGGAGCUGUGGCCGCUAUGGAAUAUCAUCGUUUGAAAGGCUUACCGCAUUUGUAUUCGUUACACAGUUGGAUGGGAUUAUUGACCGUUUCGCUUUUUGUAAUUCAGUUCACUCUUGGAUUGUUCACGUUCGUUGUGCUGUUGUGUUGUCGCGGCGCAACGGCUGUGUGUCGCCUACGAUGUUUUGCGCCCAUACAUGCCACCCUGGGACUGUGCACGUUCACAUUGGCCAUAGCUACCUGUCUCACCGGACUUCAGCAACGCGCUGAUUUCUCGAUAUUCAGCAAUAAUAAUGGAGACGGUAAACAGACAAUAUCCGAGUUGAUCAAACAAAAGUUACACUUGAACAAGGAACCGGUAGUGGUUAAUGUGUUGGCCGUCUUGCUUGUAUCUGUGUUGGUAAUUGUGUCGUACACGAUACGCCGAGAGUCACUGAAGCGGAGGCCUAACAACAAACCAUCAUACACGGCGACAGUGAGUCCACUCCGCAUAAAAUCUUCGUCGUCGUCUACCGGAAAGUUUGGAUCGGGAAAACAAUCGUCGCAGCCUCCGGUUUGAGGUGCCUAUACACGUCAUUCCGCAACGAUUUCUGCCAUCACUUCUAUAUUUAAAACAAACAAAAUACAAUUAAUAACAAAGUACAACAAAUUGUCAUCGUCGUGUAAUCAGUCUUAUAUACUAUACUUAUAGAAAUAAUAAUAUACAUUCUAAAAUUUGUUUCUCCUAUAUCAUUGCAACCGGCCUACAUUUUCAUUUCAAUUUUCAUAUUAUUUUUUUUUUAUUAUUAUCUAUAAUAAGUACACUAUAUACAUUAACAUUCAUUGGCCGUAACAUUGCGCAAUUAUUAAUGAAAACUCUAAGUAACAUUAUUUAAUAUUAUUAUCUCUGUGUUCCACAUUCCUAUUUGUCUUCCUAUUUCCAUAUUUCUCUUUAGAUAGGUACUACUAUGCGUAUAUUUAUUUAUGUGACAAAUUAAUAUAAUUUACCGAUAUUGAAGUAAUAUUAUUAAGAUCGAUUAUUAUAUUAUAUUCACACGUGUACCUAUAAUUAAUAGUAUAGUAGGUAUUAACCUACACAAUAACGUAGUUAGACAAUGAUACAGUUAAAUGGAAUUGACUUUUUUUCUAAAAUAACGCGUCUUUUCUACUACCUAUAGAUACUUUGUUUAUGUUUAUACACACACUUGUAUACAUUGUAUACUUAUACAAUGUAUAUGAGUAUAUGCGUGUUAGAUUACUACAUAAAAAAAUUAUGGAAUUUUUUUUUUUACAACAACGUACCUAUUUGAUAAAUGUAUAGGAUUAAGUAAAAAAAAAAAUAUAAUACGUUCGGCACGCGUGUUUUUGUAAUAUUAAAACUCAAAAGUGUCUAUCAAUUUAUAUAUUAUAUAUAAUAAUGUUCAUAAAAAACACAACAUUAAUUAUGUGUAAAGGUUUAGAAUAAACAAUUUAAAACAAUUCGACCAAAUUUAAAACAAUCGCGAGUUUUACACAUUAUUUGAUGUAAAAUUAUUAUAUACUAUUAUUAUUUAUUAUAAUUAUUAUCAUUAGCAGUGUGUGUGUGUGUGUGUGUAACUUUUUUCAAAAAUAUAAAUACAUUUAACUAUAAGAUAAGUUAUUAUUAUCGAAACUAUACUAAUAUAUUAUUUAUAAAUUAUUAAUGUUUUUCGUAAUAUUUGUAUUUGAAUUUUUAACAAAAACAAUAUAGAAUAUUAUUACUAUAUAAAUAUAUAUG